AUGCGAACACUUGUCAAGACUGACUGUGCACGCUACCGCAUCCAGUACGGCGAAGCAAUGGAAAGUGCCGUAGUAUCGCAGUUGAAGUUCGGAAUCGAUCACAACGACGAUCAUGUCGUCGAUACAACGAGUUGUCUAGAGAAAGUCGAGGCCGUCAAGAAUUCGCACAACAGCGACCUUUUCUGCGACUGCGCGAAGGUUGUCGUGUCGUGCACGCCGCUCGCGCUUUGUCCAGACCGGACAGACCCUUUUGGAGCUAGCGAAACCGACUUGCUUCAAGCGGACAACCAGUUGCGUAGACGCUGGAAAUCGCACUCACCGGCAUUGCCUUAA